AUCCCAUCCACUCCUCUCGCUGCAAGUGUCGCGGCCGGGUUUCUGUUUGUCACUCCAUUCCAAUCCUCACCUAGAACAAUGGGUGCUGGUGCAAGUACUCCGUCACCCGAGCCGCCUGCGGCUGGGGUAUGCCCUGUUGAUCACAAAACUCGCGAGGCCUGGUUGCAGCAGCAUCAAGCAUCUGGCGGCGCUGCACCUCCUCACCCUCUGCCCUCCGAAGAUGGACAGGAAUCGAAAGGCAAAUCUCAAAGGCCUCUGUCGACCGACCGUGAAGUGAGCAGUAUACCGCGAGCCAUUGACACUACUUCCCAGCCGUCGAGUGCCGACUCUUCAAAUGCGCCCGCGUCACCUUACGCUGCCACGGCCGCAUCGCAUGGCACCCCAUCCAAUGCAGAAGCCGAAACAGGUCAUGACCCGAACACCGGAAACUGGAUCUAUCCGUCAGAGCGGCAAUUCUUCGAAGCUCUUGUGCGCAAGGGCAACACUCCUAGCUCUACAAACUCCGCCUCCGAACUGGCGACUACCGUCGCAUCUAUCAUUCCUAUCCAUAACGCCGUCAAUGAGCGCGCCUGGCAGCAGAUCUUGCAAUGGGAAAGCCGGGCUCCCAUGUCGGACCCUGGUAGCAAGAAAUGUGGAGGCCCAAAGCUGUAUGCUUUCCGCGGUCUGGGUGUCGACCCGCAGUUUUUGAGCCCCCGCGCCCGUAUAAAUAACCUGAUGGGCUACCAGCUUCCCUUUGAUCGGCACGACUGGGUUGUGGAGAGAUGCGGUGGUGAAAGGAUUGAAUAUGUCAUCGAUUUCUACCAAGGGAAAUCGUCGGGUGCAAACAAUGCUCCCGGCCUCGCUGCCAAUGCUGGACCCGGCAAGCUCAGCUUCUACCUGGAUGUCCGGCCGAAACUGAACACAGUGGAGGGCUGCCGCAUGAGAUUCAGCAAGUUUAUGGGACUAUAAAGCUCCCCAGUGUCUUUCUUCUUACGCUGCAUCACAGGCGAACAACGGAGUUUUGGGAACGGUCUUGGGUAAGCAACGCAGUGUACAAUUCGUGUAUAACAGAAGCUAUGUAUGAUAUAGAGCAUGGGAAGAUAGAAACGGCAAAUGUAAAUAGAACAUCCUCGCUCCGUAUGCGCCUGAGA